AACUAAACACCUUUCUAUAGCAGUGUGUGGUGUAGACUUUGGACUGAUUUACUGACUAUAAAUCCUUUCCAAUGCUGUUCUUUAUUGUAGUGAUGAUGAUUCAAUUUCACCAUAAUAAACCUGCACCACCUGAUCUGUAGCCUCUCUGCAGGACAGCAACUGGUUCAGACUUUGAUACAAAGCUCAUGAGAAUACAGUAUCGCUUUCAUUCAGUCCAGCCCACAAUAACACUUUGAUUUGAGAACCUUGGUGAAGACACUGGUGACUUGCUGCAGCAUCAAAGCAUUAAUGAGAACAACUUAACAGCAGGGCCAUUUCAACAUGGAAAGGAUCCAGCGGGAGAGACCAGGCUCUGGUGGCCAGAUUGAUUUCAAAGAUCAACAUCUUCCCCCUGAAAACAUCCUUGAGCACGAGAGACCAGACUCUCCCGUACCCAGCUGUGUGUCCAUGAAGAGUGAACAUUCAAUAGGUGGCCUGAUUGAUUUUAAAGAUCAGCCUCCUUCUUUGCAAAAGAGCCUUGAGCACAAGGGACCAGACUCUCCUGUACCCAGCUGUGUGUCCAUGAAGAGUGGACAUUCAAUAGGUGGCCUGAUUGAUUUUAAAGAUCAGCCUCCUUCUUUGCAAAAGAGAGACCACCAGGAGGGACCAGAGGCUACCAAUGAGCCCGCCCUAAAGCAUCAACUAGACGUGGAGUCCACAUUUAGGCUGCUUGAAGAGACCAUUGCCACGUUUGUGAAAAAUGAGCUGAAAGUCUUUCAAAGAGUUCUCAGUCCAGAUUACACUGAAGAUUUGGAGGGUCAGAAGGAAAAGGGAGGAGUGGUGGACAGUGAGGAAGAGGAGCAGAUGAGCAGCAGAGGGGCCCUUCUGAAGAUCACACUGCACUUCCUGAGGAGAAUGAAGCAGGAGGAGCUCGCUGACUGUCUGCAGAGGAAAGCGGUUGUUCCUAUAUGCCAACGUAAACUCAAAUCUCAACUGAAAGGAAAGUUCGAGAGUUUUUUCGAGGGGAUCGCUAAAGCAGGAAACCCCACACUUCUGAAUGACAUCUACACAGAGCUCUACAUCAUAGAGGGAGGGAGUGGAGGGGUCAAUGAUGAACACGAAAUCCGACAGAUUGAAACAGCAUCCAAGAAGCAGUCAAGACCAGAAACUAUGAUCAAAUGUGAAGACAUCUUCCAACCCUUACCUGACAGAGAUCAUCAACCAAUCAGAACGGUGAUGACAAAGGGUGUGGCGGGCAUAGGGAAAACAGUCUUAACACACAAGUUCACCCUGGACUGGGCUGAGGACAAAGCCAACCACAACAUUCAGUUCACAUUUCCCUUCACUUUCAGAGAGCUGAAUCUUUUGGGUGGGAAAAGAUACAGCUUGGUUGAACUUCUUCAUCUCUUCUUUACUGAGAUCAAAGAUGUAGAAAUGUCCAGUUUUGACAAGUACAAGGUUGUGUUCAUCCUUGACGGUCUAGAUGAGUGUCGACUUCCUCUGGACUUCCACAACAAUGAGAUCGUGACUGAUGUUACAAAGCCAACCACAGUGGAUGGGCUGCUGACAAACCUUAUCACUGGGAAACUCCUUCCGUCUGCUCACCUCUGGAUAACCACGCGACCUGCAGCAGCCAAUCAGAUCCCUCCUGAGUGUGUUGACAUGGUGACAGAGGUGAGAGGGUUCACUGACACCCAAAAGGAAGAGUACUUCGGGAAGAGAUUCAGAGAGGAGGAGCAGGCCAGCAGAAUCAUCUCCCACAUCAAGACAUCACGAAGCCUCCACAUCAUGUGCCACAUCCCAGUCUUCUGCUGGAUCACUGCCUCCGUUCUGGACCAUGUAUUGAGAGCAGAUGAAAAGAGGGAGUUACCCAAGACACUGACUGAGAUGUACAUCCCCCGGUCCAGAGUAGGGAAUGUCAAGUAUCGUAGAGGAGCUGAGACAGAUUCACUCUGGAACCCCCAAACCUGCAACAUCAUCAUGACUCUGGGAAGACUGGCUUUUGAUCAGCUGCAGGAAGGCAACUUGAUCUUCUAUGAAUCUGACCUGAUAGCAUGUGGCAUUGAUAUCAGGGCAGCCUCAGUCUACUCAGGGGUGUUCACACAGAUCUUUAAAGAGGAAUGUGGGCUGUACCAGGACAAGGUGUUCUGUUUUGUCCAUCUGAGUGUUCAGGAGUUUCUGGCUGCUCUGUAUGUCUUUGUGACAUUCAUCAACACUGGUGUCAAUCUACUGUCAGAACCACAAUCAAGAUCCUGGUGGUGGCAAAGGCUAUUAACAUUAAGAUCAACUGAAAAAUCCAUCUUCCAGGCUGCAGUGGACAAGGCCUUACAGAGUCCAAAUGGACACCUGGACUUGUUCCUCCGCUUCCUCCUGGGGUUCUCACUGGAGACCAAUCAGACUCUUCUACAAGGUUUGUUGAAACAGACAGGAUGUGGCUCAUAUGCCAAUCCUGAGACAGUGCUGCACAUCAAGGACAAGAUCCGGGAGAACCCGUCUCCAGAAAGGUGUAUCAACCUGUUCCACUGUCUGAAUGAACUGAAUGAUCAUUCUCUGGUGGUGGAGAUCCAGCAGUACCUACGUUCAGGAAGUCUCUGUACAGACAAAUUGUCUCCUGCUCAGUGGUCAGCUCUGGUCUUCAUCUUGCUGUCAUCAGAAAAAGACCUGGACAUGUUUAACUUGAGGGAGUACUCUGCUUCAGCUGAAGGUCUCCUACGGUUGCUGCCAGUGAUCCAAAUCGCCAAAGUAGCUCUGCUGAAUGGCUGUAACCUGUCAGAAAGAAGCUGUGAAGCUCUGGCAUCAGUUCUUAGCUCCAGAUCCUCUAGUCUUACAGAGCUGGACCUGAGUAACAAUGAUCUAGGGGAUUCAGGAGUGGAGCUGCUCUCCGCUGGACUGAGGAGCCCCCAUUGUAGACUGGAAACUCUGAGAAUGUCAGGCUGUCUGAUCACAGAGAAAGGCUGCGCUGCCCUGGCCUCAGCUCUGAGCUGUAACCCCUCCCAUCUGAGAGAGCUGGAUCUAAGUUACAAUCAUCCAGGUGACUUAGGCAUUAGGCUGCUCUCAGCUGCCCUGGAGGAUCAACGCUUGCAGCUUACUACUCUAAGUAUGGAACAUGGUGGAGUGAAGAGGUUGAAGUCAGGUCAGAGGAAGUAUGCCUGUGAACUCACACUGGACCCGAACACAGUAAACAGCAAUCUCUUUCUGUCCAAGGACAACAGAAAGGUGACAGAGGUGUUGGAAAAGCUGCCGUACCCUGACCAUCCAGAGCGAUUUCACCACUGGAAGCAGGUUCUGUGUAGCGAAGGUUUAACUGGGCGCUGUUACUGGGAGGUAGAGUGGAAAGGAUGGGUUAAUAUUGGAGUGGCAUACAAAGGAAUCAGAAGAAAAGGGCAGGAUGACGACUGCUGGAUCGGACAGAAUGACAAGUCCUGGAGUCUAUUACGCUGUGAUAAUAAGUACUCUGCUUGUCACAAGAACAGGAGAGUAAUCAUACCUAUCCACUCCUCCUUUGACGCUGGUAGAGUAGCAGUGUAUCUGGACUGGCCUGCUGGCAUUCUGUCCUUCUACAGGGUCCCCUCUGACACACUGAUCCACCUCCACACCUUCCACUGCACAUUCACUGAACCCGUCUAUCCUGCAUUUGGGAUUGAGUUAAAGUCAUCGGGAUCCUCAGUUUCACUGUGUGAGAUAUAGCACAAGGUAGAAGAAAACACUGACAGGGGAAGUUGUGUAACUUUCUGGAACUUACAAUCCAACAAGCAUGCCCUCUUCACACAGUGACUGGUCUUUGUCUUAUUCAUAGCUCAUAAAUGUGAUCCAUCCAUGUAUUUGUAUAAAUGUAUGGCCAGUUGUUAGCUAGCUAGCUGUUAAUGCUAACAUUCAAUUGUUGUAACUGAACUGAUAAAGUGCACGUUAUUCUUCUUCUGCUGUUUUGGAGAGUCACCAAACAGCUUUGGAUACUCCAACACUUUUCAUGUACUUAAAACAUUUUGCCUUCCUGGCUCCAACACUUUCUAAAAUCACUGUAAAUAAAUGUACACAUUUCAUUUUUUAAAAUAAAACACCAAACUCUUA